AUGAACUUGCAAAAUAGUGGAGGUGCUCAUAAUAAUAAUAAUGGCCAGCCCACAGAAACUUGGCGUGAUGAAAGUGGUCAACCCACAGCGACACAGCAGCCACGUGGCCUAAGCCAUAUCAUGGAACAGCAGUCAGUCAGUAUUGAAGAGAGUACAAACCCAGUACAAGGUAACUAUCCCCCUACUCCAAUUAUCAAUAAUCUCAUCGUGCAAAACCCUGUGACCCAAAAUGAGGAAAGGUGGCCUGAAAUUUAUCAAC